CUGCUUCGUAAUGUGACAAAGGUCACUUGCCGUCUAACUAAUUUUGCACACGUCACGUUUGGCGGGAAAUGUACAUGUGUAUAUCUCGCCAUAGCUUCAAUUUUCAUACUGUUCUUGUACAUUUAUGUCCUUAGAAUUUAUUCUAACGGAGGCCACAACUGAACAAGAAAGUUUAUGUACUUAUCAUUAUGGAAAAUAGCGAUAUAAGUCAAAUUGAAUUGUCCAGAUUAUUAGCUGUACUACAAAAUACUCUAGACGCAACAACCAGAACCAAGCAACUGAUACAUGCAAGUUGUGAUGAAACAAAGCAUUUGUUAAACAACUGGCAUAUUCCUGAUGAUUCUGUUUAUGAAGAACCACCUGACUGUACUUUGGAUGAUGAAGAUUCCAGAAUUGCUGAAGUGGCAAAAAAUAUCGAACAAGUUGUAGAAGAAGCACAAAAGCUACGAGAAACACUGAGUGUUUCACAGCACCAACCAAAAAGCUCACCCUUGAUAAAAAGGUCUAACACAAAGAAAAUCUCAUUACAACUUGGAUUUGGCUCCAUGAAACUUAAUGAUAAAGUACAAAAGAAAACUGAUAAUGCAAAGAUUAAAUCUGUUAAAAGACCAGUGACAACCAGUAAUGGAUCCUUAAAUAUUACGAAGAGAUCAGUUAAUAAUCAAUCUGUUACAAAGGGGAGUUCUGUUGAUAACCAUUCUCCAAGGACAACACUGAAAAAUACGAAGAAGCAGUCUACAUCUAUUCCAAUUGUGAAUGGAAAUUAUGAUAAAAAAGCAAUCACUAAACCAAGAUUUAAAUCUGGUCCAUCAUUUCAAACAACAUACCAGAAAGAUUUCUUGGUUCAUACAAACUGUACUACUGCCAAAAAACACAAUCCACCAGUGAGUUGCACUUUAAAACCAAAGGACAAUUCAGUGAAAGAUGAAAAUACUGCUAUAUUACAUUCUAAGAACAGAAUUUUUUUUAAUUUUAAGAAUAACAAUCCAAAGCAGUCAAGUAGCACAUCACUUCCAGAAAAAACAGGAGUCUCAGACCUUGAGGACUUACUUUGUCGAGUAACUGCUUUCCCAAACAUCAGUGUUGACCAUGAUAUUAAAAAAAGUAAAAUAGCUCAAAUGAAAGUGAAUUCAUGUCUGCUGCGUGACAAGACAUGCCACAUCUCUGAAAAAGCUUACAGAGUAGUUGGAUUAGCAGAAGCAGUGGAUGUUUUUGGAGUACCUUCAGACUUAGUCAAAGUUCUUAAAACUUACCACUACUUCUUGGCAGGAAGUCAGGAAGGGAUGAAGCAUGGAAAUGGAGCUGGCAAGAGGCAAGCAGCUGCUAAAAGUUUCUUAAAUAAAUUAUCAGCCAUGAAUGAUGACACUUGGAGUAAGUUUACAUAUGAACCUUUGGUUAGACUUUUCUCAGAGUAUAUGGCAUUAGUGUCUGAAGUGUCCAGAGUUGUAGAUUGCAAAUUUAAAGACAUAAAUGAUGAGUUGAUAGCUUUCCUUCAGGAGAAUUCCAAAAUAAUAGAAAAGAAACACCUUAAAUGGUCCAAUGUUAAUGAAUCUGUAUUCAUCCAACCAAAUACUCCAGUCCAUAAUGGCAUAACAACUGAAGAAAAUUACAGACACAAUAUUUCAACAGAUGGCUGGGCCAUGAUUGGAAUAUGGAACUCAAACAGCAAGCAGAGGUUUAAAGCCUUGGGAGAAAUGCAGAGUAUAAGGUACAGCACUGAAGUCCAGUGGAAGGAGUUUGAGGCAAAUGUGCAGGAGAUACAAAUGUUGGAACUCCAAACAGAAAUAUUUGAAGUGCUUGAAUCCCUUAUAUUGCCACAGUUAUUUAAUUAUAAUCCUCAAGAUCCCACAUUUCCACACCUUUAUAAGACUGUGUGCUCUUUGUGCAAUAUGGCAUUGCUGACUUCACCCCUUAUUAUUAAAUCAGGAUAA